AUGCCUCCACGGCGGUGCACAGCGUCUGCGGGGCAGACAGGAAGCCGAGACAGCAACGUGGAUGGGGUCAUCAUGCAGUGCCUCUCCUGUGAGGAGGAUUACGAGGUGGACGACUCUGGAACCUGCAGGGAGUGCUACCAAGAGGCCAACGAGGCUGAGGAAGAGCUCCGUCUCGAGAUCAGCGACCUCAAAUCGAAAGUCUCCUUCCUCACACUCUCCUCUCCCACCCUCGAUUCAUCUACUGCAGAUAUUGUCCUAGUUGCUGUUGACGACUCUGACGCGGUCCCCAUUCCUGCUCAUAAGCACAUUCUGGUUAGUCGCUCUCCUGUUUUCAAUGCAAUGCUAGAGAAUGAUAUGGAGGAAAGGCGGAGUGGCACCAUCAGGAUUUCUGACGUAUCAGAUGAUACCCUUCGUGCUUUCGUUAACUAUUUAUACACCGCUGAAGCGUCCCUUGAUAACCAAAUGGCCUGUAACCUGUUGGUUUUGGGAGAAAAGUAUCAGGUGAAGCAUCUCAAGACAUACUGUGAGAAGUAUUUGAUCGCCAAAAUGAAUUGGAAUAAGGCUAUUGCAAACUAUGCCUUUGCAUAUCAAUACGAUUGCAAACAAUUACGAAGUGCGUCCUUGGCAGUGAUUUUGGAAAAAAUGGAUUUGCUCACUCAAAAUGAAUAUUAUGCGGAGCUCGUGGACACUAAUCCUCGUCUUGUCGUGGAAAUAUAUGAAACAUAUAUUGGCAAGCAAAUUAAUACUGCAGGGGCGUUUUAG